AUGGCUCCAACUCUGCGAACUCUUCUUGUGACGCUUGGCUUCGUCUUCUCGGCCGCCGCCGAGUCGAGCUCCUCAAUGCCGACGUAUGGGAUCGACGUUCGAUCCGAGGGAGACUGCAUGUCCUGGUAUUUACCUCAACUCCGGUAUCCUGCCCAGACCUGCAACGACGUCGUCAGCAUGCACCCAGGGCUUGAUUUGGCCACCUUGCUCAAGCUGAACCCUUCGAUUCACCCUUACUGCGACAACAUGCUGCUCGGUCAGAAGGUCUGCCUCCGAGCCAAGCAGGAAACUGACUGCCCCAAGGCGGCAGAACCCAGCCUACAGCCUCUGGAAACUAGUCCACCGCAGUGGCAAACUAGUCCCACUCCCAAGCCGCAGGUAUCAAGCUCCAGCCAUUCUUGGCGUUGA